GUGAACUGCGCCAGACCAGAUUAAUACUGCGCAUGCGCAUCACCAAACACUUCCGGCCUGAUAAAUGUAGUGAUGUCGUCUCAUGUGCUUCGGAUCACGGCAACAGGACAGACAUUCUUACUUAAGGGCCUCGCUACCAGAGGUGUACAGAAUGUUUGCCAUGGCACACCAGUGUAUUGCAGUAGGGUUCCUCUCCUGCAGCAACCAUCUCAGAUAUCCAAACGAUGGAACUCCUUUCGCUCACGAAAUAAUGCAGAACUGUGGGAUUCCAUGACAUCUGUUAGUGCAUCCGGACGGAAAAAAGGGAGACAGGGAGGCCAGGGUGCUCAAGGAGUUACAAGACCAAAAAGGCCAUUGUUAAGUUUAGGUAUCAUGAAAAACAAACAUCUGGUGGGGGCCCUGAAGAGUGCAGAUAAAAGAAAAGAUAACAGCAGAGCGGGAAGGCAAGUUCCCCAAAAAGCUAAACCUGUAACAACACCAACUUCAACAAGGGCAACAGGUCAUAAGAGAAACAUGGGAAAAUUAUCCCCUUUAGAAAGAGGUUGGGUAGGCUCACGUAUCCUGGGACGUACCAUAGGACCUCCAUUAGGAAAAGAUGGAGUGCCUUUUGAAGGUUUCGAUACAAGGAUUAUAGAGUUUAAGAUGACUGCCACCAUGACGGGCACAAUGGGGAGAAAGAUGACAUACUCCUGUUUUGUAGUGACAGGCAACAGGAAUGGAGUUGCAGGCUAUGGGCUUGGCAAGGGGGAAACUCCUUAUAAGGCAGCAAUAAAGGCCAGGGAUAAAGCUGGAAGAACACUUUGGUACUUUGAGAGACUUGAAAACCAUACAGUCUACCAUGAUCUGGUGGCAACUUUCCACAAGUCCAGGGUGUUUAUAGAAAGGAGACCAAAAGGCUAUGGGUUGGUAUGCCACAGGCUUCUUAAAGACAUUGCAAAAUUGGCUGGCUUCAGGGAUUUGUAUGCCAAAUCAGAGGGACAGAUAAAAAAUUACAGGAAUUUGACUAAAGCAUUCUUCAAGGCACUUGACAGACAGAAAACUCAUCAGCAAAUAGCAGACCAUUUUGGGCUGAAUGUGGUCGAGAUACGCCCUGACAGGGACAACCUCUGCAUCUUGAAGGCCUCUCCAAGUCCACCUGAUCCAGAAAACCUGAGCUCUUACAUCACAGGGGUGAAGAUCAAGCCCAUCUCAAACCUGGAUGUUUUCGACUAUGACACGCAGUUAUAUGGAAUGAAGAGGCGCUAUAAACGCUUUGGUCUACCUUUUUUCUGGAAGUACAGGACUCAUAAAUCAGAAUUACUUUACUUGUAUAAAACACGUAACCAGAAGACAUCAGCAGUACAGAGGAAGCUUCAGUGGGAAGGCAGAACUUUCACUGAUCAUGGAGAGAAAAUAUUAAAACCCAUGUAAUUCAAUUAUACAUUUUUUGAAUGCGGGGAACUUAUCAUACAGACAUGCUUGGAACUUGGCACAUUUCUAUAACACAAUAAAAGCGAAGUGUUUAAAAUGUUAGAUACAUGCAAAUGAAGUUGCAACUGUUUUGUAAGACUAAACUUUAUAAAGACUGAAUAAAUGAACUUGAACUGAU